AUGGAUAUGAAGCCACGUGUUUAUAACACGGCUAAUAUAGCUCACAGAAUCUUUGCUGAUAAACUAAUUGAGCAUAUUUUGGAAAUCACUGGAAAUAAUACUCAUUUCGACAUAAUUCUGGACAUCGGUUCGGGUUCGGGAAAUGUGACCGAAGUGUUGGCCGAAAGUGUAAAACACCGACAAAUCAUUGCUUUAGAUAUUGACACAAAAAUGAUUGACUUUUCGAUACAAAACAAUACAAAACCGUCAAUUGAUUAUCGAUUGGAAGACAUAAGCAAACCCUGGGAUGAGUUGAGUGCCGAUAUCCGAGCGCUGGAGGGAAAGGUGUCUCUCGUGUUCUCGAACUCCACUUUAAUGAUGAUCCAAAACAAGUCCACAUUUGUCCACAAUUUGCGCCGACUUAUGGCCGACAAUAGCUAUGCCUUCACUUCGUUUGUCUUGAUUCACGAUAUGAGUGCAAAACUGAAUCCAAAAUUGAGGAGUGAAUGCGAGAAAUGGAUAAAAAUACCCGAUUAUGACAAACAGGUGUCCAAUUGGACGGAUGUGUUCACUAAACAAGAGGUAAUACCACUGAUGGAAACCUUUCACAGCUAUUAUUACGUGAAUGGCUUGACUACGGCUGACAUUCCUCCGCAUUUAAGGCGUCGUUUUCAGGACCUGUCGGCCGACCAGUGGUGGAACUCCCGGAGCAAAGAACUCGACCCUACGAUCAUUUCGCGGGCGAUGAACGGAGAGUUAGGCCAGUCGUGUGAAUUCAAUUACAAACCCGCAUAUAUUAUAUGUAGAAAAACAUUGUAA